CCCAGAUUUACCUGCAUCGUUAUCAGGACUUGUCCGCAGUCCCUGCGCCCCUGAGACUGUCGUCGAAACAUGUGCUAUUUCCAUUUCGCAUUCAACUGGCUCGCGGUUAACGACAGUGUUUCCCUCUGGUUCUGAUGAGCUUGACGCGUCUGUUGUGUAUCGAUUCUAAUGAUAAGCGACUCGAAAUGUCAAUGUCCAGCAAUUACUGUGAGUUGUCAAACAGCUGUGUGCCAUCAAUCUCGAAGGGCGUGAAAUUCAUCCGGAGACUAUCUGCCUAUCACCAACAGCUCUGCGGACUUGUCCCUCCAUGCACAGGAAUUAGACGCCAGACACAAUUGCUCCGAGAUAUCUGGGACACUAGUCAAUUAACGUCGCUAAAGUCCAGACUCCAGUCCAUCGGACCUGAUAUGGCUCCGCACUGAUCGGGUAAAGGGCGUGUCGUGAGAUGCUAUCUUGAAUCAUCUCGUCUGUAUAUCAAAUAUCAAGAAGACAUCAAGCAAUUACAGGAACCACCUUGAACAAUACAAACAUUUUGGAAUUUAAAAAGCGACACCAGCACCCAUCUCACAUCUCUCAAGUCCCGUGCAACAGAAGCCAUCACAAUGGCGAAUAGGGGACGCACUCUAGACCCUGAGGUCUUUUGUAUUAGGGACUUGAAGGAGAAGGCGUCCAAGAAUUUGCCCAAGAUGUACAGAGAAUACUUCAAUGAAGGUGCCAUGGACAUGAUAACUCUACGCGACAAUGAGGCGGCCUUUGAUCGUUAUCGAAUACGUCCUCGCAUCUUGAAGAAUGUUUCGCACAUUGACACUUCCACAACCAUCUGGGGAAGCAAGGUCCUGUUCCCGUUCGGCUUCUCCCCGGCUGCAAUGCACAGAUUGGCUCACCCUGAAGGCGAAGUGGGAACUUCCAGGGCCUGCGCGGCGUUGAACGUGGCCAUGGGCCUUUCCGCAUACUCAACCGACUCUCUCGAGGACGUCAUCGAGCAAGGGUCAGGGAAGACGAACCCAUACGCUAUGCAAGUCAGUCUACUCAAAGACAAGAAACUGACUCUCCAACUUCUAAACAGAGCUGAAAAGGCCGGCUACAAGGCCAUCCUACUUACCGUCGACGCACCAAUGCUUGGUCGUCGUCUCAACGAGUUUCGCAACGGUUUCGGUAUGCCCAAGGAUAUGAGAUAUCCGAAUAUUGCUCCAGACAUGGACGCUAGCAACCUCGAAGGAGGUGACAACGAACUCGCAUAUGAAAAUGGAGUCAAUUGGGACGAAGCGAUUUCGUACGUCAAGGGUCACACCAAUCUUCAGAUUUGGGUCAAAGGACUGUACACGGCCGAAGAUGUCGCCACGGCAAUCUCGUACGGCUUGGACGGCGUGGUCAUUUCCAACCACGGUGGUCGCCAACUCGACAGCGUCCCGGCCACUCUGGACGCCCUUCGCGAAUGUGCGCCGGUGGCCAAGGGCAAGAUCCCCAUCGCCAUCGACGGGGGUAUCCGAAGGGGGACCGACAUCUUCAAGGCGAUUGCCCUAGGGGCGGAUUUCUGUUUUGCUGGGAGGAUACCCAUUUGGGGCCUGGCUUACAACGGUUCAAAGGGUGUGGAACUAGCCAUCAACCUCCUUUACGACGAGUUCAAAUUGGCCAUGGGACUUGCAGGAUGCAAGAGUGUAUCGGAAAUCAACCGUGGCCACUUGUCAAUCCUAGAAACCAACGGAAUCCUGUCCAAGUUAUAA